AUGGAGCGUAUAUACAGGUCCAUCCACGCGAGAUGUCGGCCUGCAGACGUCGUUGCCGCGAUAGAAAACGCUGCACGUGAAAACGCGGAGUUCAAAACGCAAGAAUUCGUCGAGAACAUCCAACUGGCGAGCGCUCGCAAUGCGUACUACGCCAAGGCGCUCGCAAAGGCAUGCAUUGACCACGCAGGCCUGUUUGAGUCCAGCAGUAGCCUUCGAAUUGAGCCCCUGAAGACUGACGGCCUGGAAACCUGGCCAGACGAGUGGCUUUACGAGAAGUACAUAGAGCUUCUGCCCGUGACAGCACCUGCCCCGACAGAGCCGGAUUUGAUCCGCUACACGUUCGGACAAGUCCAUGUGGACAUCCAGGAGACGCCCAACCUGAUCAGCGCCGCGGGCUCGACCGGGUUCCGCACCUGGGCCGCCGCGCCUUAUCUGUGCGCUUUCAUUGCGGGCGCGCUUGGCGGGUCUCGCCAAGCGUUCGAGCAACGGGUGCUAGCGCCGCUCGGUCACGUGAUUUCGGUUCUCGAGCUUGGCUGCGGUACUGGACUCGUCGGACUGACGUGGACACUCACGCAAGCGGACCGUACGCGUGAGCUCUGUGUGACAGACGGCGACCCAGACGUGGUCACCACGCAUGCGCGCGCCAACUACGUCCGUAACGGAGUAAGCACCGAAAACGUGCGGUUCCAGCAAUUGCGCUGGAACCUCGAUCCCGUCCCGGCCUCUGACCUCAUCAUCGCCGCUGACGUCUCAUAUGAUGCCACCGUGGUACCGGAUCUGGUCAGGUGCUUGUCAGCCGCCCUUCGCUGGACCACUCGGGCCGCCUUGGUGGCCGCCGCGGUGCGUAACUACGACACCAUAUCGGUUUUCGAGGCGCAUUGUCGGGACCAGAAACUACACUGCGAAAUCAUCGAGACAACGGAAACGUCCGGCGCGGCCGAAUUCGAAGACAACAUUCUUUUCAAAAAGCUCAUCGCGCCGAUUCGCAUCUACCUACUGACGGCCUUGGAGCGGGCCUCGCCGUGA